UCGAGAAAGCUGGGUUUCGUUUCGUCUAGUUUACUUUUCUUUCUGUCGUCACAAUACUUUGUGAUAACUAAUCGAAAUUCUUUAACAUAAUGUCCAACCUGUAAUAAACAAGAUAAAUAGAUGUAUAUAAUUGAACAGUCUUUGUCAUGAUCUUGUAUAAUUUAUGUCCCUCGCGAGUAACAAGUAGUUUUAAUGCAUGUAAGCGCAUGUGAGUACGCUUGUUGGUGAGUGAGUGGAUGUAGCUCAUCUGAACUUCAGAAAAUCUAAGUAUAACGUGGUAUGAUAUUUUUUCCUUGUUCUCAUGUUUCUUGUUUUUUUGUUUUGCGUGUUGUUGACUCAAAUGUUCUAUUUUCUAUGUAAUAUGAAAGGUUCACUGAAGUGCGACAGCGUUGAAAAGGCUUAGGCCGAUAUUUGUAGCUUUGCCUGAGUCACCUUCAACAAGAAAACCUGCCGCACCUACACGGCACGCCAGUCACUAGCGUCGAAGUCCAAGCGAACAGUUGACGCCUACGCAUUACCUGACGUAUCAGGAAGAUAUUGCUGUUUCAAAUCUCAUCUGACCUUUCGUGAUGUUAAAAGUCUUUUGUUCGAUAUUGCUGAUUUCACUGACAGCAAAAGGGAGCAAAGAAACAACAUGUACAGCACGAAACUGGAAAACCCUGCAGUGCAACUUCCCACAAAAUAUCAACACGACGAGGAAGGAUUAUGCAGUCUAUUUUCACCCUUACGGUGGUGGAGAAGAGAAGGUGGUUGACUGUGCGUGGAUCGAUGCCCAGCUUCACUGCAUCCGACAGGAGGGCUUUGAUUGCAGUGAGUCUGUGUCCGACAAAGCCAUUAUCGGUGUACCUGAAAGAUUUGUCAACAGGGAGGGAAGUUUUAGAUGCAACAUGAAUGGCUACAGUCCUGGCAACUUUUCCUUCUGUCGUUUUCUGGCAAAUAAAGGUGAAGAGCCUUUCGCAGCUUGUGAGGCAAGCCUGGCUAAUGCAGAAUCUCAAGUUGUUUUGAACUGCAGUUUCUCCGUGGACGUGGAGAGCUUUACUGUCAAGAAAAAUACAACGGUUGUAGCCAGCUUCACAAAAUCCGACUGCCAAAGGUCUUCCCCUAUUUGUACUCACAUGCCUGGGGAUAACCACCACAUCUUCAGUGUAACGCUUGAUGUUGAAGAUUUUACACAUGGCGAAUACAAGUGUCACCCAGAAGAUCCACCACCUCAGCUUCAAGUCAAAGGAUGCAGCUUAAACAUAAACAAACAGACUGAAACUUCCGAGUUUCCUGUGGUUGCUGUUGUACUGAUAGUCGUCCUUGUAACGGCUCUUGUGUCCGCUGGGGCUUCUCUUCUUAUCAUCAGAAAGCUGAUGAUGAUUAAGAAAGCUAUGCUCAAGAAAAAAGAAGAGGAAAAAAUAUCGACGUGAUAAUUCCUUUGAGAUUAGACACUGACUACAAAGAUGGACAGGGACUGUCGCGUCUGUAGGAUGAGUUGUUUCAGCAGCAAUGUUUUGAUAACGGCUUGUCACGUGGACAAAACAACGACCUGUUACUUAGGCAGAGGAUUCUGCCCAAUUCUACACAUUUCUAACAAACUUUCGAAGCAGUACAAAUCAUGUUAGUGUUUGAGAACAAUCGUUCAGCCGUUUUCUUCUUUCUCAACAGAGAAUAUAGGCACCACGGCCGUUAAUUUCCUAGAUUAAAAGACUUUGAUGAAAUUUUGCGAAAAAGUAUUAGGGGUAGAGAAGUACUGCAAAUUUACUUCCAGGUGCAUGUAGUAAUAUUCAUGCCUUACAACUACUACUAGCAAUACGAGACAUAAAAAUAAACAUUUAGAAAAUACUGACAAAACUAAGUUGGAUGGGCCUAAGAUUCAUUUCAUAAUUUGUUUUAUAGAAAUUAUAGUUCCAACACUGGGUUGUUUUGUCAACUACCCGAAUACUACACUGCAACACAUCUUCAUGUACAUAGUGAAGUAUCCUAAAAUCAGUCACACAAGCGCUGAAAAUGAAUGCUGAUUGAUUUGUCUGUGUUGAUCGUUUUUCUUCGGCAGCGAUGUUUUGAUAUCAAACAAUCACACGGACGCCUCAAUUAUCAUUCAUUUUGCAGUGCUGUUCUUUCAAUAUAUUUUUUUUUCUAUUAAACCAACACAAGGCUUGUUUUUUAACACUCACAAUGAGCGUCAACUGUAUUUGCAUCUCACUUUUGGUUUACAAGACAACAGUAGUGAUAGAAUAAGGAAUCUGUAAGAAACUGAAAAGCUAAGAUGAAUGCUCCUAUAUUUUAUAAUUUAAUUUGUUUUAUUAGUUUGACUUCACGAAAGACAAAUAGUGUGUCAAGAAACCACGCUCAAUUAACUCGGUCGAUACAUGUGAAAAAUCAACCUCAAUUAUGAGGCUUAAUGACAGAAAGUAUGACUUUUUCAUAAGAUUUCAUUUAAUGGACUUCACUAUGCAUGUAUACCGAUACAUUUUCGAUGAUUUGUAAAGGCACAAAUAAAAUUAAAGUUAUAUCUGGUAUGAUAAUUCAAAAAACAG